AGAGACGGUUGAGAUCGGGACGAGCGACCGAAUUGUACCAGAAUUACGCGAUAAUUCGGUGUUUUAACCAACGUCGAGACUUUCCGUCUUCGGUACGGAGUGAUUUAGAAUCGAAAGAAGACCGAACGACGGUUUAAAAUGGCUUUUAAUGUCUGAAAGGCUCGAGUGCGCGAGACACGCACGGGACGAUACGAGGAGCGCGCGCGGCUCUAGUUCUGCAGUUGUUGCUCUGUCGUUUCCUGCAGCUUUUCUGCUGGAUUAAACUCAUGCUUUGGAUCUAUAACUUUCUUUGUGGUGUUUAAACCAUCAUUUGGAACAUUCUGCACCGCGUAGUUUAUUCAAAGUGGGUCACCUGAGCGACACCUGGAUACUUUCUCUUGCAUUCCGGUGGAAAAGGGAAAGUUGCAUCCAUUAUGCACCGUUUUGACUGAUCCGACUGCUAAAUGUGAGUCAGUAAUCGGAUUUGAGAGGCAUCUUGAAGAGGAGAGGAUUCCAUCCGAUCAUGUACGAGGGCAUGGACGUGGUGGGUUUGCACCCAGCUCCCAACCCGUUUCUCAUGAUGGAUUAUUAUGGGCAGAGGUUCCCCAACGCACCCUGGAGCGCCUCCAAGCACUCUGUGGAGACGCAGAGCACGAGUUCAGAGGAAAUCGUCCCCAGUCCGCCUUCUCCUCCUCCUCCGCCACGGGUCUACAAGCCGUGCUUCGUCUGCCAGGAUAAAUCCUCAGGCUACCACUACGGCGUCAGCGCCUGCGAAGGCUGCAAGGGUUUUUUCCGCAGGAGCAUCCAGAAGAACAUGGUGUACACGUGUCACCGGGAGAAGAGCUGCAUCAUCAACAAGGUGACGCGCAACCGCUGCCAGUACUGCCGGCUGCAGAAGUGUCUGGAAGUGGGCAUGUCCAAGGAGUCGGUGAGAAACGACCGGAACAAGAAGAAGAAGGAGGAGAAGAAGCUGGAGUGUGUGGAGAGCGGAGUGUUGAGUGCAGAUACGGAGCAGAUGAUCGAGCGAGUGAGGAAAGCGCAUCAGGAAACGUUUCCUGCACUCUGCCAGCUGGGAAAAUACACCACGAGUAACAGUUCGGAGCAACGGGUCUCUCUGGACGUGGAUCUGUGGGAUAAAUUCAGUGAACUCUCCACCAAGUGCAUCAUCAAGACGGUGGAGUUCGCCAAGCAGCUGCCGGGCUUCACCACGCUGUCCAUCGCCGACCAGAUCACGCUGCUCAAAGCCGCCUGCCUCGACAUCCUGAUUUUACGGAUCUGUACGCGCUACACUCCUGAACAGGACACCAUGACGUUUUCGGACGGUUUGACGCUGAACCGCACGCAGAUGCACAACGCCGGGUUCGGUCCGCUCACCGACCUCGUGUUCGCCUUCGCUAACCAGCUACUGCCGCUGGAGAUGGACGACGCAGAGACGGGCUUACUCAGCGCCAUCUGCCUGCUGUGUGGGGAUCGUCAGGACCUGGAGGAAGCAGAUAAGGUGGACGUUCUUCAGGAGCCGCUGCUGGAGGCGCUGAAGCUCUACGUGAGGAGGAGGAGGCCACACAAACCUCACAUGUUCCCCAAAAUGCUGAUGAAGAUCACAGACCUGAGAAGCAUCAGCGCCAAAGGUGCAGAGAGAGUGAUCACCCUGAAGAUGGAGAUUCCUGGCUCCAUGCCUCCUCUCAUCCAGGAAAUGCUGGAGAACUCGGAGGGCUUGGAGAGCUCGGGAGACGGCAGCGGGGCGCACUCGAACCCCGCCCCUUCAGGCAGCUGUAGCCCGUCACCUUCACCCAGUUCUACCCACAGCAGCCCCUCCACACAGUCACCCUGACACUCACACUGAUCCUUCAUCCACCUCGGCUUUACUCCACCCACACCGGGCGGGGCUCGGUCCUCCACCUGUCUCGGUCCUCCAGUCGCCUGAGGAAAAGACUGAUCAGACACACGGAGGAGAGUAGCAGAACAAAACGAGCAUGAACUCUUUCCGGUCUCUCUUAAUUCCAGCAGAAUCUCAGGCCUGGACUUGUGAGCGAUUCACUCGGCCGAUGUUCCAACGGGACGAUUUUUUUAACGGAAAAAAAAUAUAUAUUAAAUAUAUAGAAGAAAAAACCUGGAAUGAUUGUGAUGAGGUGAAAACAUGGACACGGAGUGUAGCUGUAUUUCCUCACUGAUUUUUUUUCUUCUCCUUUCAUUUUGGUUAGAAAAGAAGAAUUGAAGAGACUUGUGUUGCUUUAUUUCAGACUGAUUGUGAUGAUGAUGAUGAUGAUGAUGAUGCAGUUUUUCAAAGAAACAAGAAUUUAAAAAAAAUGACACCCAUGUAAAUUGUGCACAAAUGAAAUGACAUAAAACUGUGGUCAAGAAUGA